AUGCAUGGCUGCCAUGACACCGGGACAUAUUCUUGCGACCCCUCGGCGGACUUCCUCUCCCAUGCGCCCAUCUCCGCCCCGGUCGGUCUCAUUGCCUCGUCCCGCGCGCGGCCAACAUGUGGCCGGCGUUCCGGCCGACGAGAGGACCCUCGGAGCUCGGCCGCGCCACGGCCACCGGCCACCGGCGAGACGGUCCCCGCCCCCCCACGGCCGGAGCACCACCGGCAGGCGGAGUCGCUCUUCGCGCCCCCUCGCUGGGUGGACCCGGGCGCCCUGGGGAGUCCGGCCGGCCAACGGGCCGCAGCCAAGCCGGGCCCCCCUCCGGCCCCCCCUCCGGCCGACCCGGUGCCCAGUGCCCCGGCCCUGCCGGGGUUUGUCUACGACCCGGUCCGUCGACGUUACUUCCCCGAGGGGACGGUCAUCGACAGGGCAUCCAUCUCGGCGCCGGGCGACCGGUGUCCCGGGCACAAGCCGGGGCCUGGUCCGCGGGCACGGCCGCCCGUGGUUGGCCCGCCGCUGGUGCGAUCCCUGCCACUGGGCCUGGUGAGCCCGGCCCUCGGCCCGGGCCGCGCGGUCCUCGGGCCCUGGCAGGCAGGGCUGCUUGCUGCGCGGGCCCCAGCCGCCGCGAGCAUCGUCGACCUUGAUGCCCCUGGUGCCGGCCCGAUUGUGGCGCUGGAUUGCGCUGACGAGCGCCUCCUCAUCACGCGCGACCACUCGGCCGAGGUGUACCUUUUGCAGGCCGGCGUGCCGACGCGGCAACUGGCCCGGCUUUGCCCCGAGGCCGGUGGGAAAUUCACCGCCGGCAAGCUGUUUGCCCGGCUGACCGGCCCACAUGCUGGCAGCCUCUUUUGCAUGGGGACCUCCACCGGCCAGGGGACCGGACUGCUGGAGAUCUUCCACAUGGCCGAUGGCGCGGGCCUUGUGGAGCCCACCCGCGCGGUGGUCCUCCCCCUGCACUAUCCGCCCCGGCUGCUGGAAACCCUUGCCCAGGCGGCCGGGUGGACCGUGGCUCUGGCCGAGGAGCGAUGCCAGGUCCUGCUUGGUCGCAUUGGGCUCUUCGCCCGGCCGGAGGACAUUCGCCUGACGAUGACCUGCUUGGGGCGAUGGCCCAGCGAGUCGGCCACCUCCCGGCGGGCCGUCAGCUGUUCCGGCAGCCUGGGCAUCUGCCCGCCCUGUGGCGUGCUGGACGCGGGCCCGGCGCGGCAUGGACAAUCCCCGGGGCAUGCGGAGCCCCCGGCCCCGGGGCGUGCCUCGGCUGCCGUCACAUGGCAUGGGCCCCCCUAUCGCCGGGUGAAUAUCAAGCACCAGCAAUACCUGUGCAUGCAGUUGGUCGAGUGUGCAUGUGUCCCGGCCGGGCCGCCGGAGCUCGAGGGCCUGGCGUGGCAGCGCCGGCGCCGGCGCCGGGGCCCAAGCGCCGAUCCCCCUCGCCGGCCGCUCUUGCUGCUGGGCAGCCGCAGUGGCGAUCUGACCCUGGUUGCCAUGACCGGCUGGGGCGAUGGCGCUGCCCCUCUGCAUGCGCAGGUCGUCUGGCUGCGGGCGGCCGGCAGCAGCGACCGCAGCAUCAGCGGCACGAGCGUGGCGGCCCUCUUUGCCCUGGGCCCGGCGGCCUUCGGUGUGGCCCGCAGCGACGGAACCGUCGAGCGCCGGUCCCUGUGCACCGGCAUGCAAAUGGCCGACCCACCCGGGGCGGAUGUGGUGUUCGGCCAGGCCGCCGAGGCUCCUGGCUUGUGGGACAGCGCCGGGGCCCGAUGCCCGAUGCCGGUGGCCGGGGGGCCCAGCCUCGGGGUCCUCUUCCUGGCUGGCGACACGCCGGGGCACUUCCACUGCCUGGUGCCGACUCCCACGGGCUGGUGGUCCCGAGCCGUGGCCAUCCCCCGGCCGAGGCUGGCCAAUGUCCACACGCCGGCGGCCGUGGUGGCCGCCUGGCGCGACCAGCUGACCCGGGCCCCAUCGGACAGGGAUCCGGCCCUUCGCGAUGCCCUCCAGGCCGCCGGGCCCCUGUGUGACUAUCGCUGCUCGGCUCUUUCCCUUGACAGGCGCGCGAUGGUGGUCUUCAGCGGGCAUGGGCAACUGCUGGCAGCGCUGGCGCUCCGGCCAUGGCCUGUCCUCACACCUCCCCCGGUUGAAGAGACGGUCGCAUGUGUGGCACCGCCACGGCGACGUCGGCGCCUCUCGCACACGGCCAGCACCGGCGGCCAGCGCCCCCCUCGCCCUGGGACCAUCCCAGGAGAGUACUCGUAGGCAACAUGCAACCAUAACUGGCA